AUGUCAGACCCACGAUUCGCCCGACUGAAGACCGAUCCACGAUUCAGACGACCCAAGCAGAAGAACCUCAAAGUCGAGAUCGAUGAGAGGUUCAAGGAUGUAUUGGAAUCUGAAGAGUUCGGUGGGAAGGGUAAAGGUAAAGGUAGAGCUUCAGGUCGAGUGGAUAAACGAGGUAGACCAUUGGCCAGCUCACACCAUCAAGAUCAACUAAAACGUUUCUAUCGAUUACGUUCGCCUGAGCAAGGCGAGGAGGAACAGGAUGGGCAGGGCGGAUUCGUAGAUUAUGCUCGAGGUGAGGGAGCCUUGGAAUCUUCUGGAUCUGAGGAUGAAGAUGAGGGCUCAGAGGACGAUAUAGAAGAAGAAGAACUGGAAGUUGGUGGAAAGAGAAAAUCAAAGUUACCUGGUUACAUCUCUCAAUCCGAGUCCGAGUCCGAGUCGGAAUCUGAACCAGCAUCUGAAGAUGAAGAUCAUCUGAAGGUUGAUUUAUCAGAAGAUGAACAACCCAUUUCAGCAUUUCCACCCGAGGAUGGUCAAUAUCAAGAAGAGGAAGAGGAGGAGGAAGAGUCUGUACCAUUUACGAAGAGAAUUGCAGCAGUCAAUCUAGAUUGGGAUAACCUCCAAGCACGAGAUUUGUUUUCAGUGUUUAAUUCUUUCCUGAAAAAUGCUGGUGCAAGUAGUACUGGUAGUAGCAGUAAAGAUGGCGAGCUGGGAAAACUGUUAAGUGUCAAGAUAUAUCCUAGUGAAUUCGGUAAACAGCGUAUGGAGAAAGAAGAGCAGGAAGGUCCAGGCGGUGGAAUAUUCGUCAGCAAACAUAAGGAUAGUAAGAAGAAGAACAAAGGUCCUAAAGAGGCUAUAGUGCCCAAGAAACGAGCAGAAGAAAGCGAGGAAGACGAUCAGAAGGGUAGCGAAGAAGAAGAAGAAGAGGACCAGGCGGGAAGUGAAAGUGAAUUUGAUGAUGAAGAAGAUGAACAGCCGAGCGAGGCGGAAGGUGAAAACGACGAUGGCGAUGACGAUCUCCAACCACAACGAUCGCAUGAUCGACCUCGAGAGGAGAUAGACGGUCUGGAGAUCAUAUCGGAUGGAGAGUCAGAUGCUGGAUCAGAGGAUAUUGACAUGGAUCAACUCCGACAAUAUCAACUGGAGAGAUUAAGAUACUUUUACGCCAUUGCUACCUUCUCCACCGUCGCUGCUGCGGAACACGUCAUGGAUGAGUGUAAUGGUACUGAAUUCGAGCGUACAGCGAAUAUUAUGGAUCUCAGUUAUGUCCCCGAGGAGAUGGAAUUUGCAGAUGAUGAGAUCAGAGACGAGGCGAAUAAAGAAGCUAAAGGAUACAGGGGCAAUGAUUUCGUUACCGAUGCACUACGUCAUUCCAAAGUGAAAUUAACAUGGGAUCAAGAUGAUCCCAAUCGAGUCAAGAUGACUAGAAGAACAUUGACUAGAGAAGAGAUCGAAGAACAGGACUUCAACAAUCUAGUAGCCGGAUCAGGUAGUGAAGCCUCACUCUCGUCUGAAGAUGAGGAUGAUGAUGAUCAAGAAGAAGGAGCGAAGCAAACAAAGAAGAUAAAGGGGAAAGGAAAAGAUAAGAAAAGUAAGAAAGAACGUACGGAAAAACUACGAAACUUGUUGUUGGCAGGUAACGAUGAAGAUGGAGAUAUAUGGGGUAAAGCUGGAACUUCAUUUGCAGAUAUGAUCGAAGAACCCAAAAACAAAGGCAAAAAGAAGGAAAGCGAAAUGGAAAUUACAUUCAAACCUGCCUUGAGUACUGGUUUGGGAGGAAAAGAAGUGGACGAAGAGAAUAUGACUACGUUGGAGAGAUAUCAGAUGAGAAUGAAAGAGAAAAAAAAUAGGAAGAAGGAGAAGAUGGAGUUGAAGAGAGCUACCAAAGCGCUCAACAAUGAUGAUUCCGACGAUUCCGAAAAAGGUGAAGGACAAGGACGAGAUGAAUUCUUCGGAAGUGAUAGUGGUGAUGAGGAUGAGGAGGAUGACCAAGAUGUUGAGAUUGAAUUUGAGAAACCCAAAGCAACCAGUAAAGGGAAAUCCAAAAUCAACGGGAAAGAUAAAAAUCAACAUAAAUUUAAAUCUGAAGAUGAUGAUGACCAGGAUGAAGAUAUCUCAGCAUUGGUCGGGACAUCUUCUAAACCAGAUACCAACUUCUCUAUGAAAGAUAUUAUGAAAUCCGAGAAAGAUUCGAAGAAACGACGUCGAAGAAGAGGUACCAAAAAAGCAGAGCAAGGUGAAGAAGAAGAGAAGGAAUUGGGACCUGAAGGAUGGAAGAUCAACGUUUCUGAUCCUAGAUUUAAAGCGAUUCACGAAGAUGCCGAAUUCGCCAUUGAUCCAAGUAAUCCACACUACACCAAAACCAAAGCGAUGCAAGACCUCUUGUCUCACCGAACGAAAAUACGUCAAAAUAGGAAAUACAACGAGAAUGACGAAGGUAGAUCUUCAGCUUCCGGAGUCAAGAGGACUUUACCUGGAGAGAGCAACACGGAUAAUGGCGGCAAUGAGAAGGAUUUGUCGCAGUUGGUUAAGAGCGUUAAGAGGCAAAUGGAGAGAGAGGGGAACAACAAGAAGAGAAGGAGACAUAGAAAGUAA